UGUAACAAAACAACAAUUUUAGAACAAUAUGUAAUAGUCGGUUGAAAACGAAGGCAAAACAAAAGCUUGUACAAUGCAAAAAUAUAAGUAUCGACCGUAUGCAAGACCAUACAUUUAUUUUUUAGUAAAUGGGAAGCAAGAUAUGUUAUAUGUCUUAUACUAUUCGUUUAUCUACUAUUUCAUCAAAAAAGUAUACAAAACUAAGAAGAAACCAUAAUGAGAAACUAUCAAUAUCUGGGUUAUAUUAAAGUUGUAUGUGCUGCUUCGUUUUGUUAAGAUAUGACUAUGUAUCAGAAUUUUAUCAAAAGGCAAAUCUUUAAAAAUGCAUAUUCUUCCCUCAAUUAGAUACAGAAAGUAUCAUUACGUACAGUGCUCGAUUUCAGCAAUAACAGCUACUUGUACAGGGCAAUUCUAUAGAAAUUAUUUUUUUCUUUAUAAUGAUUUACUACAUUUGUGUACAAAUAAAUGUAGCAAGAAAACAUGCGACAUCAAUACUCUCCUUUGUAGAGAUGAAAUGGAACAACUUGGAAAAUAUCAAAUUCCAUCAGGAUAUAAAAGAAGACAAAAUAUUGACAGAAUAUUAUUUUACUAUAACUUUGAUCCGAUAGUUCAGCGAGAUUACAUAAGCUUUUUACAGACUGAAAGGGAAUUCGAAGUAAAAUACAGAAAUAGGUAUAAAGAAAUAACAGAGAAAUAUAGAGGAGAAUUACCAAAUGACAAAGACUGGGCUUCGUCAACUCCUCUGUAUCGUGCCAUCUGUGACAGGAAGAGUUCGUCCAGUUAUGAAGAAGCUAUGAAAGAAUAUUGGUUACUAUGUAAAUUAAAAGAAGAUUAUUAUGAUUUAGAAAAAUUCAAAGGUUUCUACGAAAGCCCAAGAAUUUUACCUCCAAUAUCAAGAGCAGAGACAGCUCCUGCAGACAGUUCUUCGUCGGUAACCCUAAUUAGUAAACCACCAUGUGAUACAUCAUUAACAGAGAAAUCGGAAACAGAUCCUCCUUUGUUCGGAGCACCACACACUGUUUAUGUACCAAAGUCACCAGAACAAGACAAUAGAAGCCAGAAUGAGUUUACAAACACACCUAGACGGAUUCUUUCUGAGCCAAAUAUUAAAUCAAGAAAAUCACCACAGGACUUUAUCUCAACUGAGAAACAAACAUUGAAUUUAAAUGAAUCUACCACACCAUCAGUAUCAAUACGAAGUAGUCAAUCAGAAAUUAAACUUCGACAGGCCCCGAAUAUAUUUGAAUCUCGAAUCUUCAAAAGUAAACCAGUCAUGAAAGUUUCUCCAGUUUAUAACUCACACGACCAGCAAUCGUUAACAGCUCAAAAUAAACACCUUAGAGAUCUAUUACAGACUCAGACAGAUGAAAUAAUGUCCUUAAGAAACCUUGAUAGAGAAAACCAAGAUAUUGUUCAAAAUUUAAAAGCUAGACUAAGUAGUUGUACUUGCGAUGAUAAUCCAGGAUCCGUAGACUAUACAAUGAACACCAGUUCUACAGAAAUUGCUCAGAGAUUCAUCAAUGUAUAUGACAAUGAAUAUAAACUAGCUGUUGAGACAUUGACUAGUAGACAUCAAGACAGACUCACAGAAGAUGUAGCUUUGUACAGUCUUAUGCAAAUUAUAAAGAAAUGCUAUAAAUUGGUGAAUUCCGUAUCGGCUGAACAAGUAGAAAACAUUACCAGCUUGAUGACGGAUCAGGUCAUACAACCAUGUGUUACUCAACAUUCUAACGUACAACGAAAGGUUUCAGCAAACGACAUUAAAAGCCUUCAUACUGAUGCAGAAAGACUGGCAAGAUUAUUCCGUAAACGUCAUUGCACAGUAACCAUUACUAAUCUGUUGGAUAAAUUCAAUGAACAAUUGGAAAGUUUGCCCGACUAUAAAGUCCAUCUGAAAACACCAGAAGUAUCAGCGUUCACUGAGAGGUGUCUAGAAACCAUAUGGUUAAUGUUAAACCAAGAACCGUCUAUGUCAUUAGAAUGGCCUCAGCAAGGAGAAACAUUUGAUACCACAUUGUAUAAAUACUACAACAGAAAGGGAUUUAAUGUGAAUUUUCCUGUAUGGCCCGCAGUGUUAAUGUACGACAAAGGACCAGUACUGUGUAAAGGAUUUGCUAUUCCUAUGUGAUAACUUUUAUUAGACACUUUUAACUCACUCUUGAAAUUGUAUUUUGGCUCGAAAAUCUCGGAACAAAGCUGAAAUGUUUUUCUUUAUAGCUACAAAUAACGGAGUAACAUCUAACGUGUAAGAGUUCAUGAUUCCAUUACACCGUUUGCUACUAAUUAUUUUUAUGCAUGAUAAUUUAUUGAACCUUUUGAUAUGUUGUUCCCUGUUUUACUAUAAUGCCAUCUCAAAGGCCAUUGGUAUUGAUAUGUAUGUUUUCAGCAAAUAAAAUGACUGUUGAUCCUUUU